UCCAAGUUAGGCGGAAAUAGAAAGCCUUCUUUUCUCUAUUUAAGCGCGCCAACAAAGACUCACACAGGAGGUCUUUCUGUACUUUAUUCACUGCACACCAGACCGCCUGUUUAACUCUAUCCAUCGGUUUUUACCGCCGUCCCGAAAAGAUGCCAGAGGAAACGUCCGCCGCGUCCAGCUCUGGGAGUGUGGAGGAGAAGCCGUGCUCAUCAUCGUCAGCUGCAGCAGACAGCUCUGUCGACGUCAUGGAGGAGGCAAAGAAACUGAUUGGCACAGGGAACAGACAUCUAGUGAUGGGAGAUGUCGUCUCUGCUGUCAGCGUUUUCCAGGAUGCCUGCAGCAUGCUGGCUGCAAAGUAUGGAGACACUGCAGAUGAGUGUGGUGAGGCCUUUUUCCUAUGUGGGAAGUCCCUACUGGAGCUUGCCAGGAUGGAGAACAGUGUCCUUGGUAAUGCCCUGGAGGGAGUCCCAGAAGAAUCAGAGGAAGAGGAGCAGCCUAGCAACUCAAAUAUUGAGAGUGCAAACAACCUUGAUGAAAAAACUAGAGAUGAGCUACGAAUGCAGGUCUAUGAUGCAAUGGCCGCGCAGGAAGAGACUGAAGCAGCCAACAUCAAGCUGAAGUCUGAAGAUGCAAAGAGUACUGCUGAGAUGAAAACAGAAAAUGGUGUGUCCCCGGUCAAACGUGUGAAUGGGUCAGAGAAAGCCUCAGAAUGCCCCGUGAAUGGGGAAGAGAAGAGUUCAGUCCAGGAAGCUACAGUGAGUGGAGCUGAGAAGACCCCAGGUGCUCCUGUGAACGGUGUGGGGGAAAGUCCGGCUGGGUCUCCUAGGAAGGAAACUGUAACAGAAAAGGUACAAAUUGUUAAAGAGCAGAAUGGGCAGGCGAGCGAGGCAAAGCCAGAAGAUGGGAAAUCCAAUCCAGAGGCUGAACAUAACAAGGAGGAACCACAGGGCAUCACUCUACAGAAAUGCGAGUAUCCAGCUCUGUGUAGUUAUACUCAUGUUGCUUCCACAGAUGAUGACGACGACGAUGAUGAUGAGGAUGAUGACGACGACGAUGAGGAUGGGGAGAGAAACGGUCAGGAUAAGGAAGAAGAGGAAGUUGGGAAUUUGCAGUUGGCCUGGGAGAUGCUGGAGGUGGCUAAAGUCAUCUAUAAAAGAAUGGAAGGCAAAGAUGAACAGCUGAUGGCAGCCCAGGCAUAUCUGAAACUCGGAGAAGUCAGUGCUGAGUCAGGUAACUACCCCCAGGCACUAGAAGACUUCCAGGAGUGUCUUGCCCUGCAGCUGAAGCACUUGCCUCCCCACAGUCGUCUGCUGGCUGAGACCCACUACCACGUCGCCACCACCCUGUGCUACAUGGACCAGUACAGCCAGGCCAUCCAGCACUACAACAGCUCCAUAAAAGUCAUCGAGACCCGUCUGGCCAUGUUGCAGGAGGUGAUAGAUGCAGCAGAGGGAGCAGAUGGGGCAGCAGAAGAGAAGAAUGAGAUGGAGGAGCUGAAGCAGCUUCUUCCUGACAUCAGGGAAAAGGUGGAGGAUGCCAAAGAGAGCCAGAGAACAGCCAGCACCGCCUCCCAGGCCAUCCAGCAGACACUAGGCGGUGCCUCAACCUCAUCAGCAUUCCUAUGUGAAAAUGGGGGGCCCUCCUCUUCAGCAGCAUUUGCAACAGCCAGCCAGAUUCCAGUUAAAUCAUCUGCCAGCACCUCGUCCUCCAAAGCAGUCUCAGACAUCUCCCACCUCGUCAGGAAAAAGAGGAAACCAGAGGAGGACAGCCCAGUAAAGGACACUGAUGCUAAACAAGCGAAACAGGAAGCCACAGUUAAUGGCAGCGGUGACUCUAGUGCCAGCAACGGCAAUGGAGUCCAGGAGGGAAAAUCACAGGAGCCUGCCAACCAGUCAGCCUCUGUUGAGUCUUCAGCGUGACGGUCCACGUCUCUUUCCUGAUCUUCAAUACCAGCACAGCAUGCCUGUCCAGCCCCUCUCCACCUUCAACAAUUUUGUUUCUGUAAAUAAGAUCCAUUUUCAUAGAUUUGUCUGUCCAGUUUUGUAUACUUGUAGUAAAAAAAAAAAUACAAAAAAACAAAAGAAUAAAGAAUUUGCAGAUGUAACUUUGUAUCACUGCAAUUUUUUCUUUCUUUUUCUUUCUGGGAACUUUCAACUUGAUACUGUUGUGACUUGGCCAAAAAAAAAAAAAAAAAACAGCUGUUCCUGUUACAAGAAAUGAAACAUGCUGAUAGUUCAGUGGCCACGCUGCUUUGCCAAUUUGAACGCUUUGUCACUUGUAUUAAGUUAAACUUGGGUUAAUGUGUUUGGUGUAUUCCUACAUCAAACAUAAGUACUUAACAUAAAUUGAGAAUGUCUAGAAUUGGGUUUUGCCACAAGAAUUAAUUUAUAUUUAGGUUUAGUGUACAAUGCUUCAAUCCUAUUUUUCUGGUUUUCUUAGGAUCUUAUACUUAAGUGAGCAUCUUUGAGGUUUUGACUGUAGGUCCCAGAAAAUGACAUUUGCAAACAUCACCAGGUGCUGGAGGAGCUUGUGGUGGGCAUUUGUUACCAUUCUCUGACAUUUUACAAUAAUUUGAUGCAGGAAAUCAUUAUUUUAAUUGAUCGGUAUUUAGCUGCUGCUGUAAAAUAUACCAUUUUGACACAAAUGGGCCCUUUUGGCAAAAUGUACAAUUAAAAUUUAAAAUGACAUUGUUAAAA